AAAUAAUUCGUUUAAUAAUUAAGCCCAGUACCCUACGCAGUGCGAGUGCGUAACCGAUAUCUAGUAUAUAUUUCGAUAGAUCGAAAUCAUGGUAGUGUUGGAGACGGAGAAGGCAAUCUGUGUUUUUAUGUCAAAUACGUGCGCGUGUGUGUGUGUGCUGUAAUUCCAUCGCCACUUUCGAUUCGGAGUUCGUUAGAAACAGCAUUAGUUCGCAUUUUUUUACCAGUAGCCUAGUCCCUAUUCAAGUGAAACAGGAUACUCCAACUUCACAUACUCAAUAAAUAGUUACAACACCCACUCAACCACACAGCAACAACAAGUUUAACGAGUUUUUUGUAUCAUCAUUACUUAGUUUUUUGGUUAAUAAUACACAAGUGAGCAGCGAACUGCAGGGGAGCGAGAUAUCAAGAAACAAUCCAAAAUCCACACACACUCGAACAGAAAUCAAAAGCUUCGCUCUCUCGCACACACACGCACCAACCACCACCACCUCAACUAUCACAAACACCACGACAGAGAGAGAGCGGCAAGUGAAUCACGGCGAAUCGAAACCGAUCCGAAUCCACUCCGGAGCCGAAUAAGAACUGAUCCUACCAUCAAACGCAUCCAAUAAACACGGCCGCCAACAUGCAGAGCGACUUUCACAGAAUGAAGAACUUUGCCAAUCCCAAGUCCAUGUUCAAAACCAGCGCCCCCAGCACCGAGCAGGGUCGUCCGGAACCACCCAAGGCCGAGGCGCCCGCCAAGACCGAGGCUAAGGAUGUCAAGCCCAAGGAGGAUCCACAGGAGGCUGGCGAACCAGCAGGAAACACUGCAACCACCAACGCUCCCGCCGGCGACGAUGCUGUGCGCACCGAGCACCUGUUCAAACACCCGCUCAUGAACGUCUGGACGCUGUGGUACCUUGAAAACGAUCGGUCCAAGUCCUGGGAGGACAUGCAGAACGAGAUCACCAGCUUCGAUACCGUCGAGGACUUCUGGAGCCUGUACAACCACAUCAAGCCCCCAUCAGAGAUCAAGCUGGGCAGUGACUACUCGCUCUUCAAGAAGAACAUUCGUCCCAUGUGGGAAGAUGCAGCCAACAAACAGGGUGGUCGUUGGGUCAUUACCCUUAACAAAAGCUCCAAGAGCGAUCUGGAUAACCUAUGGCUCGAUGUGCUGCUUUGCCUGAUUGGCGAGGCCUUCGAUCACUCCGAUCAGAUCUGCGGUGCCGUUGUAAACAUUCGCGGCAAGAGCAACAAGAUAUCCAUCUGGACUGCCAACGGAAACAACGAGGAGGCUGCCCUUGAGAUUGGUCACAAACUGCGCGAUGCCCUGCGUCUGGGACGUAACAACUCGCUGCAGUAUCAGUUGCACAAGGACACGAUGGUCAAGCAGGGCUCCAACGUGAAAUCGAUCUACACUUUGUAGGCUGCCUGGCCACGCUUCACAAUCGUUAUAAACAACAGUAGCGAUUGAUCGAUCGUAACUCUUGUCCAAGACCCGCGUAACGAAACCGAAACAGACCCCUUUGUUAUCAAAAAUCGGCAUAAUAUAAAAUCUAUCCGCUUUUUGUAGUCAUUGUCAAUAAUGGAUUUAACGGAAAACUAUAAUAAUAAAAACCUACACUAAAACCGGA